AUGGACACUGACAUCAUACUUAUGGAUACAAAUAUUUCAACUUCAACUAUUAAAAGUCAUAAUAAAUACUUUUGUAACCGAGAGUCACCUUAUUAUAAUCAAGAAAUUUGUGAGUUGCUGUGUAAUAAUGCUGAAAAAGAUGAAAUAGACAUUAGUGAUAAAGCAUUAACUAUUCUUCCAAGAGAUUUAUUUCAUGGCCUCGAGGAUCUUCAACUUGAGAAAUUAAAUAUAAGUGGUAACAAGCUGUCGACACUACCAAAAGAUAUCUUUAAACCUCUGGAUGAUCUUCGUACGUUGAUAAUAGAGUCCAACGGACUGGAAUAUCUAGAGCCAAGUAUUUUUUAUGAUUUAUUACAACUCAAAGAACUUGAUCUCAGCAAAAACAAACUGACAGCAUUAUCGAAAGAUAUAUUUAAUGGUCUACAAGAUCUAUGUGUCCUCCGUUUGAAUUCAAACGAACUGAAGUACCUUGAGCCAGGUAUUUUUGAUGAUUUAUUGAGUCUAAAUGAUCUUGAUAUCAGUGGUAACAAUAUUACAACUUUACCGAAAGAUAUAUUCAAGAAUUUAAAAGAGCUUCGUUAUCUUAAUUUAUGUUCAAACAAACUGAACAAUCUUAAUAUCAGCAAGAACAGACUAGCAACAUUAUCCAAAGGUGUAUUCAAUGAUCUUAAAAAUCUUCAGAGACUCUAUUUGGAUUCAAAUAAACUAGACAAUCUUGAGUCAGGUUGUUUCGAUGGUUUAUUACAUCUUGAAUGGCUCAGUGUCAAAAAUAACGGUCUGACAACAUUAUCCAAAGAUGUAUUUUGUGGUCUUGAAAAUCUUGAAAUACUAGAUUUAGGAUCAAACAAACUGCAAAAUCUUGAGGCAGGUUGUUUCGUUCGUUUAUCACAACUUGAAUGGCUCAGUGCCGAAAAUAACAAUCUGACAACAUUAUCCAAAGGUGUAUUUGAUGGUCUUGAAAAUCUUGAGACACUAAAUUUAAAUUCAAACAAACUACAAAUUCUUGAGUCAGGUUGUUUCGAUGGUUUAUCACAUCUCAAAUGGGUCAGUGUCGAACACAACAGUCUGACAAUAUUAUCCAAAGAUGUGUUUUGUGUUCUUGAAAAUCUCAAGAGGGUAGAUUUAGAUUCAAACAAACUACAAAAUCUCGAGUUAGGUUUUUUCAAUGGUCUAACAAAACUUAUACUGAUUAGUAUCAAAAACAAUAAUCUGACAACAUUACCCAAAUGUGUAUUUAUUGGUCUUGAAAAUCUUAGGAGACUACAUUUGGAAUCAAACAAAUUACAAAAUCUCGAGUCAGGUUGUUUUGAUGGUUUAUCAAAUCUUGAGAGGCUCAGUUUUAAAAACAACAGUCUGACAACAUUAUCCAAAGGUGUAUUCAAUGGUCUUGAAAAUCUUAGGAGACUACAUUUGAUAUCAAAUAAACUAGACAAUCUUGAGUUAGGUUGUUUGAAUGGUUUAUCAAAACUUAAGCUGCUUAGUAUCAAAAACAACAAUCUGACAACAUUACCCAAAGGUGUAUUUGAUGGUCUGGAAAAUCUUGAGAAAAUAGGUUUGGAAUCAAACCAACUACAAAAUCUCGAGUCAGGUUGUUUUGAUGGUUUAUCACAUCUUAAAUGGCUUAGUAUCAAAAAUAACAGUCUGACAACAUUAUCCAACGGUGUAUUCAGUAGUCUCGGAAAUCUGCAAAUACUUCAUUUGGAAUCAAACAAACUGCAAAAUCUUGAGGCAGGUUGUUUCGUUGGUUUAUCACAACUUCAGAAACUUUAUCUUAGCAAUAACAAACUGAAAACUUUAUCAAAAGAUAUUUUUAAUGGUUUACAAAGUCUUCGUAUUCUCAAUUUAACUUCUAAUGGACUACCAAACCAAUUUUUAUCAUCUCGAUUAUAA